UUUUUUUUCUCUUUUGUUAUCAUGUCAUCUCCACCACUCGAUAAUGAAACAGAACAAAGAAAGAAUAGACACAAUUUAACACCACAACAAAAGCAACAAGAACAACUCAAUCGGUUAUUUGAAAAGAUCGAUACACCUGUCGCGAUUCCAGAAAGAACACAAGGACGACCUUUUAUUGCUCCACCCAAAGAUUUUGUGCGCAAUGUAGCAGGUUCUAGUGCUGGUGCUGGUAGUGGUGAUUUUCAUGUCUAUCGAGCUCAAAGAAGAAGAGAAUAUGCUCGACUAAAAAGCAUGGAAGAAGAAGAAAGAAAGGCAAGUAUAUCAUAAAAGUAUGUAUAUGCUUAGUGUUGAAUAGGAAAAAGAAAAAGAAGCCUAUACUGAAAAACUAAGACGUUUACGUGAAGAAGACGAAGAGCGUACAGCAAAGAAAAGAGCAAAACGUCAAAAACGAAAUAAGAACAAAAAGGAAGUAAAAAAGAAGACAAACCAGAAGAAGAAGGCAAGAAAGUAGAAGCAAAAAAAGAAGACAAGCAGGAAGAAUAAAAUAGAGAACAUUUAUACACAUACAGAAUAUCUUUUCAUGAUUUUCGAAACCAAAAAUAAAAAUUACAUGCUUUCGAUCCAUGAAUAAUACGUUCCCCAAAGCAUAAUACCG